UGUUGUUGGACCAGUUGGUAGAGAUGGUCAGACUGACUACCAGUUUGAGUUGCUUGGUCUGUUUUUCGUAGCUGAUCAGGUAAAUGUAAAAGUGAAUUUCACACGUUUAAUGGUUUUGUUGCAUGUAACAUUUAAUGAGAGCACCACGGGAUAGAGCACUAGCUCGGCCUUUUCCGUGCAGUGCAGUGCACAUGAAGGCGGACACGUGGUCGGAAAUCCACCAAUAAGCGCACGCUCGAGGAGGCGGUCGCGAUGACGUCAGCAACGCCCGACCGUCGUGGCUGGUGCGCGCGAGCGGGAGAAGGAGGAAAAAAAAAAAGAGAAGGGGGGCAGAGCGAGCGCGCGCGCGACACGGAGGAAGAGGAAAAAAAACUCCCAGCAGGCCGGAACGGGGUCACGAACUCUGACCUUUCACAGGAGAAAAACAAUAACAAAUCCUAAGUAUUAACAGUAAAGACCGUACAAACGACUUCUACCAGCGGCAGAGGUCCAGCUGGUUAUAACAGAUGCAGCAGUGGCAUUGCUCAAGUAAGACACUGCUAAUGACCUCAUAUCAGCAUGACAACCAACCUGGCUAUGCUGGCUCAGCAGAUAGUGACCACUGAGCAGGUAGCCAAGACGCAGGCAUCUCCUACAGACAGCCCGGUGAUGAGUGCUUCUCCACAGCACAUUCAGAUCAUCUCCACUGACUCCUCUGUCACCACGCCACAGAGAAUACAGAUUGUGACGGAUCAGCAGACGGGGCAGAAGAUCCAGAUUGUGACAGCUGUGGAUCCGGCCAGCAUGCCCAAACAGCAGUUUAUCCUGGCUUCUCAUGAUGGAACUCCAACGGGCAAAGUCAUCCUGGCAUCCCCCAACAGCCCCAGCACUAAACAGCUCAUCUUCACUACGACUGACAGCCUGGUACCUGGUCGAAUACAGUUCGUCACAGAUGCAGUCUCGGUGGAGAGGAUUCUGGGUAAAGGAGGGGAGGUGGGCCGACCGCAGCCUGUAGAGUACUGCGUUGUGUGUGGAGACAAAGCCUCAGGGAGGCACUAUGGAGCUGUAAGCUGUGAGGGUUGCAAGGGUUUCUUCAAGCGAAGUGUCAGGAAAAGUCUGACCUACAGUUGCCGCAGCAACCAAGACUGCGUAGUCAACAAGCACCACCGCAACCGCUGUCAGUUCUGCCGCCUCAGAAAGUGCCUUGAGAUGGGCAUGAAGAUGGAGUCUGUGCAGAGUGAGAGGAAGCCAUUAGACCUGCCCAGAGAAAAACCUGCUAAUUGUGCUGCCUCAACUGAGAAGAUCUACAUCCGAAAAGAUUUGCGGAGUCCCCUAAUAGCAACCCCAACUUUCAUCACAGACAAAGACGGCACACGCUCUGGAUUAUUGGAUCCUGGGAUGCUGGUGAACAUCCAGCAGCCCGUCAUUCAAGCCGAUGGCACAUUACUCUUAGCAACAGACACCAAGGCAGAGACCGCUCAUGGGGAUUUGGGUACAUUGGCCAACGUGGUUACAUCAUUAGCCAGUCUUGGCGAUUCACUCAGUAAUGGGGACGGGGACAUUUCAGUCAGCCAGCAGGAGGAGUCUGCCAGUGAAAUCACACGUGCCUUUGACACUCUGGCCAAAGCGUUAAAUCCUAAUGAUGAGGGAGAGGGGCAGAGCCUCUCGGAGGCGGAGUGUGUGGGCGGAGCAACCAUACAGGUCAUCAGCAGAGAUCAGGUCACACCUCUUAUAGAAGUGGAGGGUCCUCUGCUCACGGACACCCACGUCAACUUUAAGCUCACAAUGCCCAGUCCGAUGCCUGAGUAUCUGAAUGUCCAUUAUAUUUGCGAGUCUGCGUCUCGUCUGCUGUUUCUCUCCAUGCACUGGGCGCGCUCCAUCCCAGCCUUCCUAGCACUUGGGCAGGAGUGUAACACGUCUCUGGUGCGGGCGUGUUGGAACGAGCUGUUCACACUCGGUCUGGCACAGUGUGCUCAGGUCAUGAGUCUCUCCACUAUCCUGGCUGCCAUUGUCAACCAUCUGCAGGGCAGCAUACAGGAGGACAAGCUCUCUGGUGAACGAGUGAAGUUGGUGAUGGAGCACAUUUGGAAGCUGCAGGAGUUUUGUAACAGCAUGGCCAAGCUCGAGACGGACGGCUAUGAGUACGCCUACCUGAAAGCCAUCGUCCUUUUCAGUCCAGACCAUCCAGGCUUGAACAGCAGCAGUCAGAUCGAGAAGUUCCAGGAGAAAGCGCAAAUGGAGCUGCAGGAUUAUGUCCAGAAGACUUAUCCAGAUGACACUUACAGACUGGCGCGAACUCUGAUGCGUCUGCCAGCACUGCGUCUGAUGAGCUCAAGCAUAACGGAAGAACUCUUCUUCACGGGGCUUAUCGGAAACGUUCCCAUCGACAGCAUUAUCCCGUACAUCCUCAAAAUGGAAACCGCUGACUACAACAGCCAAAUCAGCGGCCCUACGGCGUGACUCCAGAGCAGCCUGUUUUGAGCUACAGGUGCAGACUGAAAUUCUAUCUCCCGUCAUCACUUGCCUUCAUUGCAGAGCAAUGCAAAAAGUUAGGACCAUCCGUUUCUUUCAUUUUUUUCCUCACGUCAAGCAUUUCAUUUUCCUAACAAAGAGCCGUAAGAGUGAUACCGUUUGACUGAAUGUUACUUAAUGUGGUUUGCAUUUUAGUUCUCAAAGAGUGAUGCACCAUGGGACUUUUCAAACUUAAUAUUGAGCUGUUGAGCUAAUCAGCUUCAUUUAAGCACUUGUUUUCCAGUCAGAAACUUAAUGGCUAAGGGAAAAAAAUACGCACCAUAUGCACGCCUUUUGUUUUAUGUAAGAUGUGUAUUAAGGGUUUGACUCCUUCUUAACAAGCUGUUUUAAAGGACCUCAUCGUGAAUUCUUAUGCAAAACAGUUGCUCUGUCUGUGGGCCAGGGUUCCUGGGUGAAUUUUUUUUUUUUUUUUUAUAUUUGCUUUCAAUAUUCCUACAUUUAUAUAAAGAAGGCCGUUAUAAACUGGCACUUUUACUUCGAGGAUUCGUUUCCUAGAUGUGUAUUAAGCCUAUCACUGCAUUAAAUUGCAAUGUAAGUGGUAAUCCCUUAAUGAAUUUUUUUUUUACAUUAAAGUCGAAGUUUGGGCUUAAGCUAGGUCAUUCAUAUACCUGGUUUAUACCUGGAGCUCACACACAUAUAUAUAUAUAUAUAUAUAUAUAUAUAUAUAUAUAUAUAUAUAUAUAUAUAUAUAUAUAUAUAUAUAUAUAUAUGUAUGUGUGAGCUCUGAAUCUAUAAUUGCUAUGACCUUGAAAAACAAAACAAUAAAACACCUCUGCUGUUCAGACAAUCAGCAUAUAAAUGGAUGAAGAUGCAUUCAUCCUAGACAUCAGUUUUCAUCAGUUACUGCUAUAUUUCUCCUGUCCUUCUGCCUGUUCAGUUGUUUCUAUAUGAAUGAUUCCUCAUUAUAUAUUAUAUAUAUAUCAGUUUCAUUCGUUUUCAUUAUAGUCCAUGCAAUUUUUAUAUUAAGUUCACUUUUUAGAAUUCUGACUGGUGACUGCUGUUAACAACAUAACAAGCUCCAUUGUACCAGCAGGUAAGAAGGUUUCACACAGUUUAGUAUACCAUUAUGUUUUUAAUUUAUUGGUUAUGAACAAGCCGUUUGUGGCCCAGCAAGUUUUUCUGCCAUAUGAAAAUCAUGACAACUGUCUUCUGUGAAAAGUACUCAAAGUACAAAAAAAAUCAUGCACUUAUGAAUAUUAUAUGAAAGUGAAAAAUACAUCUAUUGACCCCUUUUCAGGGUGAACUUUAAACAGAACGAGAUGAAUUUAAUACAUACCAGAAAUGUAUAUGUACUGUAUAAACGCCUACCUAAAUAUUUGGGUUGAAAAACCCUCUCCAGACUGUUUUUAAAUUGCCGUUGUGAUAUCAUGUUCAACUAGAUUUAUACUACAUGUAAUUUCAUUAAAAAUGAACGCAUGUCUAUUUGAAGACGUUUAUUUUUUUUUAUUUUCUCUGGCAACGAGAAUUCUUUUUGUUUUUGUAUAUAAUGCAUGGAAUAGUACCAAGAUGGCGUGUAUAUAUAUAUAUGUUGUGGUUUUAGAAAUACAUAUUUAUCUGCCAGAGACUAAAAACAAGCAAGUAA